AUGUUCAGCAAAAUCUUAGCUUUCGGCGCCCUCGUGGCAGCGGCCAACGCUGGCCUGUACGGCCACGGCCACGCUGUGUCUUCUCAAAGUAUCGUCCGUCACGACGAAAGCCACCACUCCGCUCCGCUAGUCCAUGCUGCCCCUGUGGCCCACUACGCUGCCCCCGUGGCCCACUACGCCGCCCCUGUCGCCCACUACGCCGCUCCUGCCGCCCACUACGCCGCUCCCGUCGCUCACUACGCCCCCGUUGAGCACUACGCUGCCCCAGCGCAUGAAGAGCAUGGUCAUGAUUACUACGCUCACCCCAAAUACGACUACGCCUACUCCGUGGCUGACCCCCACACCGGCGACCACAAGAGCCAGCACGAGUCCCGCGACGGUGACGCCGUGCAUGGCUUCUACUCUCUGGUUCAGCCUGAUGGCUCCGUGCGUAAGGUUGAAUACACCGCUGAUGACCACAAUGGAUUCAACGCGGUAGUCCACAACACCGCCCCCGCCGUCCACCCUGCGCCUUUAAUAACCUUCAUCGCAGUAGUAACUGUAGUGACGGCUGAAUACGAUUACGGCCAUGCAGUCUCUUCACAGUCGAUCAUCCGCCAGGACGGAGACUACGCCCUCGGUCACCUGGUAGCACCUUCUCACUACGCUGCACCCCUGGUACACGCGUCUCCACUUGCCCACUACGCCGCUCCUUUACCUCUUGCUGGAUAUGGGGGAUAUGACCAUGACUAUCCAAAGUAUGCCUUCGAAUACUCAGUAUCUGACCCUCACACGGGAGAUGUGAAGUCUCAGCAUGAGAGUCGUGACGGUGACGUGGUCCACGGGUAUUAUUCCCUGGUGCAACCUGAUGGCUCCGUCCGCAAGGUGGAGUACACAGCUGAUGACCACAACGGGUUCAAUGCUGUAGUACUGAACUCGGCUCCAACCAUUCACCUGGAGCCUGAACAUCAUCACGAUUAUUAA